ACUGAACAUUUCCGCAAGUCUGAACUGCAGUUAAGUCAGACAAAUCAACAAAUGGCUGUCUUUUCAGCUGUUGACAAGGAAGUGACUAGGAAUAAUACAAUAAUAUUCAGUAACACUAAUAAUGACACAGUGCAGAUUGACCAACAGUUUACAAGAUUAAAGGCGUGGAUCAGCGAGAUCAAGUCAAAGGACUGUAGGAGUGAGUUAUCAGCAUUGCUUUGCCCUUUAUUCUGCCGCCUGUACCUGGAGAUGCUGAGAGGGGGGCAUCAGCAGUCUGUAGCCAAGUUUUUCAAGAGACAUCAAGGUCUGUUUGCAUCAGAAGAUCACAGCAGAGAGUUGGUUGAGGAGUUGGCGUGCGUCUACAGUAACCAGGAUAUUGACUCCAAUCCUGCAGUCAAAGCUUUCAGGUCAUGCAAAUACUGUUUGCACUUGUCUCCAUUGUCCAUGAGUGCCCUGCAGAAGUACCUUUCGCAACAUGGCCAUGUGAUUAUCCUUCAGGUGUUGCAGACGUGGUUUGACUUUGAAAUUGGAGAAACUGUAAAAAUGGAGGGUGAGGAGGAAGAAGAAGAAUUUGAUGGCAGUGACGCUGUUGUUAGUGGAACCAAUGAAAAGGUUGGCAGUACUCAGAAACCAUCUCAUUCAGAAGUCGAGAUGCAAGAGUUGCAGGAAGUUAUUCGAUUGGUGCGGGAAGGGCCACCCUCACCCUGCCCAAUGUUGCUAUAUACUAUAAUGAACUCGGAUAAUAACGUGGCAUGUGGCUAUACUUGGGGUGCAGCGGAUAUACUGGCUGCUGGAUUUGGGUCUGAAGUCAGGCUGUGGGGUUUGACCCAGAAUAAGGUGUUUAGCACUCCAAACCCCAACAUUUCACGGGUGCAUCUGGCUUGUGAUGUGAGUGGCACACAAGAGUUAAGUGGGCCCGAGCGCAACACAGUCUGUUUGCGAGGUCACAGUGGGAAUGUGCAGGACAUUGCUCAUGUUCCUGAUGAACUGUUAGUGUCAGUGGCUCAUGAUACAACUAUGCGUGUAUGGAGGAUGGAUGACUUCUCAUGUGUUGCUGUCUAUAGAGGACACAACUAUCCCAUCUGGUGUGUAGAUGUUAGUACACUGGGGUUGUAUUUUGCCACCGGUUCGCAUGACCGAACUGCUCGUCUUUGGUCUCUGGAUCGCACGUUUCCCUUAAGAAUAUUUGCUGGCCAUAACCAGGAUGUUGAGGCAGUGCAGUUCCACCCAAAUAGUUCAUACCUUGCAACAGGCUCAACUGACAAGACAGUGCGGCUAUGGGCUGUUGCUGAUGCUAAGCUGGUGAGGGUGUUCCCAGGUCACAAAGGGGCGGUCCAAGCUUUGUCCUUCAGUCCAGAUGGGAAGUACAUUGCUUCUGCAGGAGAAGACAAACGAGUGAGAGUCUGGGACUUGGCAGCAGGGAUGAUGUUUGUGGAACUGAAGGGACACGCGGACGCUGUUGUCGGACUGUCAUGGAGUCGUGACAGCGAGUGUCUAGCUUCGUGUGGCUUGGACAGUACUGUGCGGGUGUGGAACAUACGCGCACAUUCCAGCAGUGCGUCAAGCGUGAGCCAUUCAUCUGAUGCCAUUGCAUCGUACACAACAGGAUGCAGCAGUCUUCUUUCUGUACAGUAUUCUCACUCAAACACGCUUGUCUGUGUAGGAGUCACAUAAAGGUGUAAACACUAAACAGGUUAAACUGAAUGCAUUUGUACGUAAGUAAAAAUAAUUCAAAUUUAUUGCUGUGUAACAUGGUCUAAAAUCUGGGAAAUGGAAUGUCCUAAGUUUGUUAAGGCUGAGUUAUCUUUAACUGUCUGCUGUAUUUAUUACAUGAUCAUGAAAAGCUGAUUUUGCAAUUAAAUAUUAAUGAUGUUUCAGACAUUAUGUACAACAUAUGAAUACCCUUGUACUGCCAUCAGUUUUUUACUUUAACUUGUUGCAUAUUAGUUUUGGUAUUAAAGAAUUUUCCAUGUUG